AAAAUAAAUGCAGAAUAAGUAAGUGAAACUCCAAGACUUUGAGAUACUCUAAACUCUUGGUACUGGUUCAUUUGGCAGAGUAAGAUUAGCAAAAUAGAAAUCAAAUUAAAAGAAUGUUGCUUUAAAGAUGUUAAAGAAAUGUGAAAUUCUUCGAUUAAAAUAAGUUGAUCAUAUUAGUUCUGAAUUCAAAAUACUUCAUUAGAUUUAGCAUCCUUUUAUUGUAUAUCUAUAUUUAAUUAUUUAGAUUGAAUUGUUAGGUUACACUUAAGAUGAAAGAUAUUUAUAUUUUGUUCUAGAGUAUAUUCAAGGUGGAGAGUUGUUUACUUAUUUAAGAAAUGCAGGCACAAUAGAAAAUGAUGAAGCAUAGUAUAUUAUUUAAUAUAAUAUAGAUUUUACUCUGCUUAAAUUGUUUUAAUGUUUGAGUAUUUACAUUCAAAGACCAUUGUAUACAGAGAUCUAAAACCAGAAAAUCUACUUAUCUAAUAAAAUGGUUAUUUAAAAUUGACUGAUUUUGGAUUUGCUAAAGUAGUUGAAGAUCAUACAUAUACUCUAUGUGGAACACCUGAAUAUCUUGCACCUGAAAUUCUUCUUAAUAAAGGACAUGGAAGACCAGUUGAUUGGUGGUGCUUAGGAAUUAUAAUUUAUGAGAUGUUGGCUGGUAAUUAUAUUCAUUAAUAGAUUUAGGAAUUGAUCCAUUUAAUGAUGAAGAUCCAAUGGCUAUUUAUUAAAAAAUAUUAAAAGGAAAAGUUAAAUUUCCUAAAAAUUUUGAUAAUGAUGCUAAAGAAUUAAUUAAAAAUCUUUUAGUUUCUGAUGUAUCAAAAAGAUUAGGAAAUUUAAAAAAUGGAGCCAAUGAUAUUAAAUAACAUAAAUGGUAUCAAACAUUGAAUUGGGAUAAUUUGAUUAAGAAAUAAAUUAGACCUAAAUAUAUUCCAUCAGUUAGGUAAAUCUUUUAUUUAUUACUAGAUCUGAUGAUGAUACUUCCAAUUUUGCUGUUUAUCCAGAUAGUACCGAAUUACCAGAUCCAAUCAAAUAAAAUGAUGAUCCAUUUAGAGAAUGGUGAUUUUAUUAUUGAAAAUCACUUUGAUUGUUUAUGCUCUGCA